AGCGUUGCUCGCCUCUUCCUUCUGUCUGUGUUUCUCAUGCGUGCGUGCUGGCCUGUUGGGCUUCAGUUGUUUUGGGUUAUGGGCUUUUACUGGGUUGCGGAGGAGUGCCGCCGGAGGAAGUCGUCGGCGGCGGCGUUCAACCGCAAGGGCUGGCGGCAGGUCAUGGAGGGCGGCCAGCUGCCGGCGAGCAGCUCUGAGAAGAGGGAGGUAAGCUGCGGGGAGCACCGGGAGGAAGGAGAGAGUAGUCGGGAAAGGAGGAUGGGGCGAAGCGUUUCCGUCGGGUCCGCCACCAGCAAUUGCUCGUCGGAGAGGCCGGAAUCAGUUGUCAACGUCGGUCGGGUGGAAGUGUUCGUAUGAGACAUCAACGGAUGGCCGCAUCUACUUCAACCAGGGCUGGAAGGAGUUCCUCAUUGGGACUGGUCUUGGGGUUGGCACAACUGUGCUAAUCACCAUGAAGACCAAUGUGCUCAAUGAACUAAACAUGAUGGUUGCCCUUGACACCAUCUAAGUACCAGUUGAGGUCAAUAAGCGGAGUCAUAGCAGUAAUUGGGGUACUUAGCCUCUAAGUAGGUAUCAACUAUCAACCAUAUGUAAUCGGCCUCGAGUCCUGAACUAGUUUGAACGUGUGUUGUUGAUGUGUCGCAACUUUUAUCAUUCCCGCAAGUGAACCAUACAUAUAUAUGUAUGUGCUUGUGCAUA